GGGCCCCGUACCGCCCCCUCAUGCUUUGCUCCCGGGUCCGAGUGUGUCAUGGGUCCCUUACGGCCUCCCAUUGCUUGCUGUCCCUCCAUCGCCACACUCUGCCAUGUGCCACUUUCAGGUCUCCUCCUCACACCUGGCUUUGGUGUGUUUCCAUUAUUUGUCAUAGGGUGCUCGCAGAUUAACGGGCCUCCCAUAGGCUUCUGCCAGGCCCCUAAAUCUGCCAUGGUGCCCCUAACCGCCCCCGCCUCCCUCAUUGCUCUGCAAGGUCCAGAGUCUCUCAUGUGCCACUUUCAGGUCUCCUCACACUGCUGGUGGGUUCCAUUUUGUCAUAGGGUGCUGGCAGAUUACGGGCCUCCCAUUGCUGCUGCCAGGCCCGUAAUCUGCCAUGGGCCCCUGUACCGCCUCCUCAUGCUGCUGCCAGGCCCGUAAUCUGUCAUGGGUCCCUGUACGGCCUCCCAUUGCUACUGUCUCCAUCGCCACACUCUGCCAUGUGCCACUUUCAGGUCUCCUCACACUGCUGGUGUGUUCCAUUUUGUCAUAGGGUGCUG